AUGGAUCAGGUGGCAGAACAGGAGGGGAUGCUACAACGAGACUUGGGGCUGCUGGAGGCCUCCCAGCUGGAGUUCUUGGGUGCCGAGUACUUUCGCCGCUUGGAGCAGCGCUGGCAGGAGCCCGUGAAGCGCACUGGGGAGUACUUCGCGUGGACCGCUGAGGGCUCUCAGGCCUGGGACGCCUUGGCCACGGCGGCGCGCCAGGGCGUGGCGGAACUCUCCCGCAGCGAGGUUGGCAUGGAGAGUGCUGCCAGGUUCUUGGCCGGUGCGGCGAAGGAGGCUGGGCCACAACUCUGGAAACUCCUCACCAUCUAUGAAAUCCAAGUGGCCUCCCAACUCCCCAGGCGGCAAGCCAGAGAAGCCAAGCCGGUAGGCUGUACAGGCGUGGCGUGCGCCAGUGGACUGCUGGGGCAAACAGAGGAGGUGGACGUCUACAUCUAUGACUAUGGUCGACGAGACAUCGUAGCAAGACUCCAGGCACCGGGCUCUUCGGCGCUGGUCUAUGACCCGGCCUGCACCUUGUGCCCCAUUGGCAUCGGCACCUCCGGCUUGGCGGUCUCGCGGUUCACCCUCUACCCGCGCGGUCUCGCGGGUCGCCCGGCCGCUUCACGGUGCGGGCGCUGGAGCGGCAGUGGGGUGGGUGGACUGCCACUGGCGGCCAUUUUGUGGGAACUCUUAUUGGGUCCGCGCAACCUUCCAGAGGCCAUCGAGUUUCUCAAGGGGCUGGUUUCGCAGAGUGCGCCACCACUUGCUGGAGCAGCCAUGAUGCUGAUGCAGCCUGGUUAUGGAGUUGCCAUGGUCGAAUGGUCAUCAGAGGAGAUUUCCGUGUCGCCCAUUGCCAUGGAAGGAGUUCUGGUGCAUGCCAACCAUUGCAUUUUGGAUUUGCGGGAUGCAGAGAACCCAAAGAUAGCCAGACUUUUGGAGGAUAGUCGGAGAAGACAAGCAGUUGUUGAAGGCUUGUAUGCAGAAGAGCUGCUGGCCGGCAAACCGCCUACACUAGGCCUGAACCAGCUCCAGUCCUUCUUAUCAGCGACGGGUGUGCAAAACGAUGAUGUUUUGGCCACAGUCAUCAGCUGUCCGGCCAGCAGAGCGUUGUAUGUGAGAUUUCGCUUGCAGCUACGAGUACAGCCGGGUGAGGAGCAGAGCAUAGCAGAGCUCAUGGCCCACAGUAUGGGGGCCAUUCCAGGGGACCUGGCUUUGCUUGGCCGGGCGAAGACGGCUGCCGAGCAGUUGAGGUCGUUGCAAAAAGUCUAUAGUCAAUCCCUGAAAGGCGUCCAGCUGGCCAAUGCAGUUGCACAAGAGUUGGAGGAUUGGUCAAAGGUGGCUGCACCAGAGCUCCAGAAGCUUGAAGGCACUGCCCCGGCGCCCGUGGAAGAGAAGCCCAAGGAGCUGAGCAAGAAAGAAAAGAAGAAGCUCAAAAAGGAGCGAAAGCGAGAGAAGAAAGCUCGCAAGGAAGCGAAAAAAGCCGAGAAGGCCCUCGCGAAGAUCGAGAAGGCGCAACAACAGGCGGAGCUUGCGGCCAAGCACGCUAAUGAGGAGGAAGCUGAGGCAUCCAAGCAGAUCGAAGAGAUCGAAGCCGAGCUGGCGGCCGCCGAGGCUGCUGCCGCGGAGGCGGCUGAGAGUUCUGAGGAGGACCCCGAAAUGGUGGCCAAGACCGAAAGGCUGCGAGCACAGCUCAGCGAAGCCUACGAACUCUCAGCCCAGGUGGCCUUGAGAGCAGCUGAACAGGCGGAGGCCGCCGUGGCGUCGGUCUCCAAGAAGCGCGCAAGGUCAUCGUCAUCCUCCGACAGCUCGAAUUCCUGA